AUGUUCGACUACUUCUCCUUGGCUUCCACAGCUGUACUACUUCUCACUCUUAUUUACUCGUCGACCUUCAUGUUCUCAGUCGAAAAACAUAUUUAUAUCACAGGCGGAAGCCAGGGUCUCGGAUUUGCACUCGCAAAGCUCGUUGCACGGAAGGGUGCUCAUGUUUCUAUAGUCGCGAGGACGCAAAGCAAGCUAGACGACGCACUAAAAGAGCUAGAGGUCCUUCGCCAAAGCCCAGACCAGGUAUUUAAAGCGUUUUCCUUCUCCCUCGACACAGCAGAGGAGUCUGCUGCUGCCCUUCGAGCUGCCAGUGACGCCCAUGGUGGACAUGUCCCAGACGCCGUCUUUGCGUGCGCUGGCGCUUCAAAACCGAUGUACCUUCUUGAUAUGCAAGCAGAGGACCUGACGCGCGGAAUGACGAAUGGCUACUGGGUACAGGCAUGGACUGCAUUCGCUGCUGCUAAACAAAUGGUCCGCGAGAAUAAGAAGGGGAAGAUCAUCCUGGUGUCAUCGAUACUUGGGUAUAUGUCUUUUGUUGGAUAUUCUUCUUAUUCCCCUGCAAAACAUGCUCUGCGUGGACUUGCCGACUCUUUGCACUCAGAACUGAUGCUCUAUGGCAUCGAUACUCACAUCUUCUUUCCUCCCACAAUGUAUACCCCUGGCUUUGACGAAGAAAACAAGACGAAGCCAGCUAUCACGAGAACAAUAGAGUCGACAGACAAAGGUCUGACAGCGGAACAGGCUGCUGUCGGACUGCUGGCAGGUAUCGAGAAGGGCCAUGCGCACAUCACCGCUGAUAUCCUCACGAGCUUCUUCCGAGCUUCGACGCGAGGUGCUGCUCCUCGUAGCAACGCUGCUCUAGACUUCGUCGGGAUACCGUUGUGGAGACGCUCGGUUGACAAGCAGGUGCUUGCGCAUCGCGAGGAACACCAGGAGUACUUGCGCAAGAAAGGAUUUUACAACUAA